GGGGUAUCGUUACUUACGUACACUUGGGUUAAGUGUCUAGGCGGCACAUGCAGGCUUUUGCCUCCUCGCCCAGCCAAAGGUGCAGGACACUGUUAAGUUUAUGCCCCUUGGCCAGUUGUGAGCGUCUUCAUUGCCUACUUGCAUGUUGGUGGCUAUUGGAAAUCGUUCACUCUGUUUUCAAGCUGAUUUUACACUCGAGUUCUUACUUCCCCGCCAUCGCCUACGGUACGGCCUCAAUGGUCAUACCUACCAUCCUUCAACGCGUCUCUUCCUCUACCGCCUUGAUUACACCUCUUAUUACAACCAUCAACUUUGAGGUCUUCAUCAACUUGCCUCUUUCAGUUGUACUAACCCGGCCAUAAAGAUGUCCGAUCAGGCGAUCCUUCGUAUUACCAGGGUACUGCCCCUCACUGCAUCCCUCCAAGCUUCGCU